AGCAAAUGAGAACUUCCCUGCAACUCCCCCCUCCGCACCUCCCCCCAAAACCGAAACAGCCGGUAAAAGGGGGAAAGAACUAGUUCCCUGGGGCCGCGGAACAAAGAAAGCAAAUAUCAAAGAUCUGCGCUGAGACACCUUAAAGGGGCCCAGGCCAAAGCACUCGAACCAGGAUGCUCAGAGUCUGAAAAGUUUCUCUUCUACCGUAAUUUGGUGCCGUGACUCGGAUGACAACGCUAGACGACGGUCCGGAGCGGUCCAUCUCUCAGCGACCCUCAAGUGCAACCGCCGAGAUCUGUGACCAGGAAGGGAUUCAACGUCAGAACCUCCUCAGCAGGUCCCAAAAUCCAGGGCCACGGGAGAGCAUGGAUCCUACGCAACCUCAAAAGUUGCUCUCGAUUAACCAGCAGUGGCAGCCCAUAGAGAUGCUGCAGAAGGUGAGGAAACCGACCGCCUGACCGAGGGGACCGAGCCACCGCCCCCCGCAUCCCCGGGAAACCUGCGGAAUCGCCUCUGCACAACCUCGUCUUCUGAACCGGUGCGCAGAGAUACUUCUGCUGCAUUCUCAGAGUGUCCCCGCAUCCGGGGGCCUCCCACCCCACCGGAGGGACCGCCUAGCGGGACGGCGACCGGACAGGUGGCAUCCAGGCCUAAACCCAGCACUCCCUGUU